AGCCGUUCUAUCUCUCGCCAAACGUUUUCUCUCAAAAGAAGUCGGAAGGCACUCGUUUUCCUUUCGUCUCUUCCGAAAAAAGUAUGCAGCAUCUUCCUUACUGUCUCAAGUCAACCAUUCCACUCCCGCGCGCUCCUCUCUCGCGGCUUUGGUUCUUCCGCCCGACGCCGAUUGCUGCCGAGAUGAGGUCGCAGCUUGACGCUGCUUCCACCGCGUCUUCGCCGCCGGCGUCCGCUCUCCACCCCUGGCCGCCUCGGGCCCUCCUUAGGUGCACCCGGUUCUGCGGGAUCCCCGGGCGGUUCCGUGUCAGUGGCGGUGACGGGAUCAGGGUUCGCUGCUCGGCUAGCCAUCUCCCGAGCGACAUCAAACGAGGAGGAGCAAGAGUGUUCAAAUCGCCAAAGUGGACAUGCGGAAAGGAGACCGAGCCUAGUGUGAACACGCCCACCACGUCGGGGGCAGAAAAUCACCUAUGCUUUCCUGUUAAGGGAAACAACAUGGUGAAUAUAGUAAGCAUCACAUUCUGCCUUCUACACAGGGUUGUUAUAGGCCAGAUGCAGUUAAUGAUGAAAUCAUUCCCCAGGAUAUCACACAAUAUUACAAGUUUGCCAUUUGCUUGCAUAUCUGAUCCUAUUAGGACACCUGUGCCUCUUAAGCUAGACGUGACUCUUCCACCACCGCCUGAUGUCAGAUGGAGUAUUUCACGCUUGUACUAUCUAUUCAAUACACAGCUUGACCGAAACAUUGCCUUGUCUAUUAUCACAUUGCUCGUCACGUGCUUUUCUAUUGUGUUCGUUGGAGGAUUGCUAUUUCAUAAGUUCAGGAAGAAAGAACUGCCUCUGGAGGACUGCUUAUGGGAAGCUUGGGCAUGUCUAUGUUCAUCAUCUACUCAUCUGAGACAAAAGACACGUAUUGAGCGUCUUAUUGGGUUCUUUCUUGCUAUCUGGGGUAUAUUGUUCUAUUCUCGUUUGUUAAGCGCAAUGACAGAACAAUUUAGAACCCAAAUGCAUAAGGUAAGGGAAGGGGCCCAGUUGCAGGUCCUUGAGGAGGAUCAUAUCGUUAUCUGUGGAGUGAAUAGUCAUCUGACGUCCAUAUUGAAUCAGUUGAAUAAGUUUCAGGAAUCAGCAAUUCGCCUAGGUACUGCUACAGCAAGGAAGCAGAGAAUUCUCCUUCUCUCGGAACUUCCCAGAAAGCAUAUUGAGAAGCUUGGAGAUACCAUAUCUAAAGAUUUAAGCCAUGUUGAUGUAUUCACCAAGAGUUGUAGCCUUAGCCUGACGAAAUCAUUCGAGAGAGCGGCAGCAAACAAAGCAAAGUCUAUAAUCAUCUUACCAUCAAAAAAUGAACGAUAUGAAGUGGAUACAGAUGCAUUUCUUUCUCUGUUGGCUCUCCAGUCUCUUCCACGAAUUGCAUUGGUUCCUACCAUUGUUGAGGCUUCUAACUCGACCACUAUCGAACUUCUGAAAUCAAUCACAGGCUUAAAUGUGUACCCGGUGGAGAUGGUUGCCUCUAAGCUGUUUGUGCAGUGCUCUAGGCAAAAGGGCCUUCUUAAAAUCUACAGACACUUGCUUAAUUCUCACAAGAAUGUUUUCAACAUUUUCAGCAUUCCUGAAGUAGGAGGCAUGAAGUUUAAGGACGUGAGACGUAAAGUCCAAGAUGCAGUUGUUUGUGGUAUUUUUCGGUCUGGUGGGAUUCACUUCCACCCAGGUGAUGAUGAAGUAUUGAAAGAAACAGAUAAAUUGCUUCUUAUUGCUCCUGUUUGUGGGAGGAGAAAAUCACAGUAUUCAGUUUUAGAUAUAUCUGAACGAACAGAUAAUUCAGUUGAUUACUCAGAACGAAAAGAGGGUCAAAGAUCUUCUAGUGUGGUUACUGAGCUGAAGGAAACACGGCGAAAGAACAUUGUAGAGAGGCCCUCAAAAUCACUCUCUAAGAGCAGCGAAUGUACACUGGGACCAAGGGAAUGCAUACUUAUUGUUGGUUGGAGGCCAAAAAUUACAGAUAUGAUUCGAGAAUAUGAUAAUUACCUUGGACCUGGUAGUGUAUUGGAAAUAUUGUCAGAAACCCCUGUUACAGAGCGGACCAGUGUUGUCAACCCUCUUAUGCAGAGCCAACUUAAAAAUAUUAAAGUUACUCAUAAGGUGGGAUGUCCUAUGAACUAUGAUACUUUGAAGGAAGCGAUUAUUAGCAUUAGGAAAUCUGCCAAGUGUGACAAAAAUGUUUCGCUUUCAGUCGUGGUGAUAUCUGAUAGAGACUGGCUCAUUGGAGAUGCAUAUAGCGGAAUCACCAACGAAAGAAAAUUUAAGCAGGCAUCCUUGUCCCCAUAGCCAUCUUUUCCUCGUCCGUUGCGUGGGUCUCUGGCCUCUAUGCCCCACCUCACACCGCUGGCCUGUUGGCCCUCCACUAUUCCUCCACAAGUGUGAAGACCCGACUGUCAGGACCCAACGAAGAGUAAGAAGCAGGAGUUCAAGUUUGAAUUGUGGCGCCAAGCGAUGACAGCCAUCCAUCUUCGAUCCAACGCAUCGAAGACUCCCAUACCGCUUCGCUCUAGCCAGAUGGCGCGGAUGGCGUUGAUCUCCGAUCUGACGGCUCCCCUUCGCGCGCGCAUCACUGUAGCGCUUCCAGCGCCGGCUGGGAGCGUCGGCCACCUUCUUACUGCCUUUUCUUUCGUUUUUACCUCACUUUGUAAGGCUAUAAAGCCAUGGAUUCCAGCUCGUUGUGGGCUCGUCUUGUUUUUAGGGUUUCCCCCUGUUGCGCCGCCAGUGUUCCCGGCCGGCUUAGGUGUCUCUGCUUAUAAGAACUAUUCUCUAAUUCAUCCCUGAAAUCAAGCUAGUUCGAGCUAUUUGCGUGUUUUGUUCUUCAGUCAAACCCCUCGGGUAUGACAAGUGGUAAUCAGAGCCAUUGUUCCUCGGCGGCGUAUUGGAUUUGGAGGCCGAGAAGGAGUUGGAGGAGCCGUAAAAUCCUCUUUCUCCCCUUCCGAUCGCGGCGGCGGUGUUUCUCCGGUGGCGCAGGCGGUGGUGAAAUUCGGUACAGGUCUGGUCAGGAAAGUGGUUGCUAAAGCACCUUGCUUGAGCAGUAAAAUCCCACCACCCUCCCGGAUCCGGUGUACUUCGGCGGCGUGGCGACGGCGGCGGUGCAGGCGGCGGCAGGAUCAACAGCAAAGGGUCGGGUUGCAGCACAAGCUGUCGUAAAAUUCCUUCCAUUUAGCCUGUUCUCUCUGCAGCGAGGUGGCUUGGCUCCCUGCCAACUCUAAACCCUCUCUACAUUCUUCCAACAAGAUGACUAGGCCCUCUGACUCUUCAUCGACGGAUCAGCUGGAGUUCCACUCUUUGCAGCUCGAUGUGCAACUGCUGCAGAAAAACAGAGAGCAGGAUCGACUGGAAUUUGAUGAAUUUAGGGAAUAUGUGCAGGAGAACUUUCAGUCAGUGCAGAAAUCCUUAGGUGACUUACAAGGGUCAUUUUCAAACUUUCUCUCUGGAUUUCCCAAGCCAAGAGAAGUCCCACCCAACCCAAUGGAGGUUCCUCAAGCUAGUGGUGACAACAAUAACACCCUUAAAGGUCCCGCCUUAAAACCCGAGGAGGCUUACCACACCCCUGUUACUGUUGGCUCUGCCACCCUAGUGGACAUGCAGACAGGCAGAGAACUCAACCUAGAUGGUAGCAACAAAGUCCCUUACAGGCACCCACACUUUGCAACAACUAAACCGACCCCUGACUGUUCCCCCUCCUGCAACCAAUGGACAACAGAAUCUGCCAACCGACCAAGCUCCUCAACAGGAAGGAAGGGUGGCAAUUGGUGCUAGAGAGGCGGUGCUUGACAACAGAAGAGCCCUUGCUCUAGUCAAGCCAGCAAAAUAUAAUAUUCCUGAAUUUGAGGGUACUGGCACUGAUUCCUGGAUACAGACUGUUGAGCUCUACUUUAAAGCUGCAAGAACACCCUUGGAGCAGAAGAUUGAAAUUGCAGUCACUUACCUCAAGGGCCCUGCUACUGAAUGGUGGAGAGGAACUGGAAUUACUGCUAACACUCUACCAUGGUACAGGUUUUGCAGACUGUUGGGAGACAGGUUUGCUGAAACUUCAGUUUGUGAUAAUGUCAGGCUAUUCCAUGCUCUCACACAAACAGGAUAUGUCCAAGCUGGAUUCUCCAAGCUGGAUUUAAGAAGUGGUUACCACCAAAUCAGAAUGCAAGGGGAAGAUAUUGGCAAAAUUGCUUUCAGUACUCAUUGUGGCCACUAUGAAUACCUGGUCAUGCCAUUUGGCUUGACUAAUGCCCCUGCCACCUUCCAGCUGCUCAUGAAUACAGUCCUGGCACCCUAUCUCAGAAAAUUUGAAUUGGUCUUCUUUGAUGACAUUUUAAUCUACAGCAGAAACAUGAAAGAGCAUCUGGAACACCUGCAACUAGUUUUACAAGCCCUACAGUCAAAUCAACUAUUUGCCAAGCUCAGUAAAUGCUCUUUUGCACAACCUCAAGUAGAGUACUUGGGACAUGUCAUCAGAGGUGAUGGUGUUGCCAUUGAUCCCACAAAAAUUGAAGCAAUUGUCCAGUGGCCAGCUCCUGAAAAUGUCACCCAACUGAGAAGUUUUUUGGGCCUUACAGGGUAUUACAGAAGGUUUAUCCAAAACUAUGGAUAUAUCUGCAAACCACUUUAUCUAUCAUUAAAGAAGGAUAACUUCCAAUGAGGCAGUGAACAAAUGGAUGCUUUCAACACCCUGAAACACAAAAUGACCCAAGCUCCUGUCCUAGCUCUCCCUGAUUUUUCCCUAUCCUUCAUUUUGGAAACUGUUGCUUGUGCUUAUGGAAUUGGGGUUGUACUUAUGCAAGAAGGCAGACCACUGUCAUUCUUUAGUAAAACAAUUGGCCCCAAAGCUGCUGCCAUGUCCACUUAUGACGAAGAAGUCAUGGCCAUUAUCAAGGUCCUGGAACAUUGGAAACACUACUUUGCUGCUUCCUCCUUGAUCAUAAGAACUGAUCAGCGAAGUUUAAAAUACAUUCAAGAUCAGAAGCUCACAGAAGGAAUUCAACACAAGUUGUUGAUCAAGCUGUUGGACUACAACUUCAACGUGGAAUACAAGCAAGGAAAGAACAACAAAGUUGUUGAUGCUCUAUCUAGGGUAAAAUACAGACUACACUCAUUGGUUGCUAGUCAAGCAAAACCAGCAUGGAUUUCUGAAGUCAUCUCCAGCUAUGCACAAGAUCAGAGAUGCAAGGAUCUGCUCUCCCAACUGGCAACCUCUGGUACUGCCCUUCCCAACUAUGUUCUUCAAUAGGGUAUCAUUAGGUACAAGAACAGAAUUGUCAUUGGAAAUGAUAUAAAUCUCAGAACUAAGCUGGUAGCUGCCCUGCACAACUCUGAAUUAGGUGGCCACUCUGUACACAGGGCCACAUAUCAGAGACUCAAGCUUCUAUUCCAUUGGCCUGGAAUGAAACAAUUCACUGUGGAUUACAUCAAGCAAUGCCCAACUUGUCAAAUCAACAAACCUGAACACUGCAAAUACCCAGGGUUGUUGCAGCCUCUACCUGUCCCUGAUUUUGCCUGGUGCCACAUUAGCUGGGAUUUUAUUGAAGGGCUGCCAACUUCACAAAACAAGGACAUGAUUCUGGUUGUGGUUGAUAGAUUCAUCAAAUAUGGGCAUUUCAUUGCAAUGAAACACCCUAUUACAGUCAGCACUGUAGCCACUGCCUUCACUGACCACAUUUUCAAACUACAUGGUCUCCCCUCUGUCAUUGUUACUGACAGGGACAGGAUCUUCACAAGCCACCUAUGGCAAGAACUCUUCAACAGAUUGGGCAUUAAACUUCAAAUAGUACCUCUUACCACCCCCAAUCAGAUGGUCAAACUGAAAGAGUCAAUCAGUGCUUGGAGAACUACCUGAGAUGCAUGGCAUUUUUACAACCCAAGAAAUGGAUGAAUUGGCUUUCCUUGGCUGAAUGGUGGUACAAUACUAGCUACCACACCUCACUGAAAAUCACCUCUUUUCAAGCACUAUACAAUAGACCACCCAGCAUGUUGGCAGAAGCUGCAUUGUACCCUCCUGAUCAAGCCCAGGAAUUCUCUUCUAUCAUCACUGCAGAACAGAUUGCUGCCCAGAUCAAAGCUAACCUGCCAAAAGCUUAAGAAAGGAUGAAGCACUAUGCUGACAAGAAGAGAUCUGAAAGAUCACUGGAAGUUGGGGAUAUGGUCUACCUUAAACUGCAGCCUUACAGACACACUACACUCAGUAUCCAUAGAUGCCUCAAGCUACACUCCAAAUACUAUGGUCCAUUUCGAAUCAUCCUGAUAAUUGGCCCUGUGGCUUACAAGUUACUCCUACCAGACCACUGCAAACUUCACCCAACUUUUCAUGUCAGCCAGUUGAAGAGGCAUCUGGGCCCAAGAGCCAUACCCAACCCCAACCUGCCUCUUCUUCAUGAGGAUGACACAAUCCUCCUGGAGCCAGAGAAAGUACUGAACAGAAAGCUCAUUCCCAGAGUUCAAGGUGAUAUACAAAUACCAGUCGUUCGAUGGCUCAUCAAGUGGACUAAUCUGGAUGAUCAAGAUGCCACUGGGGAAGGCGCCACUUUCAUCCAGAAGGUCUUCCCAGCUUUCAACCCUGAGGACAGGUCUGUUGUCGAACGGGGGAGUUGUCACGACCCAACGAAGAGUAAGAAGCAGGAGUUCAAGUUUGAAUUGCGGCGCCAAGCGAUGACAGCCAUCCAUCGUCGAUCCAACGCAUCGAAGACUCCCGUACCGCUUCGCUCUGGCCAGAUGGCGCGGAUGGCGUUAUUCUCCGAUCUGACGGCUCCCCUUCGCGCGCGCGUCACUGUAGCUUUUCUAGCGCCGGCCACCUUCUUACUGCCUUUUCUCUCGUUUUUACCUCACUUUAUAAGGCUAUAAAGCCAUGGAUUCCAGCUAAUUGUGGGCUCGUCUUGUUUUUAGGGUUUCCCCCUGUUGCGUCGCUAGUGUUCCUGACCGGCUUAGGUGUCUCUGCUUGUAAGAACUAUUCUCUAAUUCAUCCCUGAAAUCAAGCUAGUUCGAGCUA